AAUUAGUUGCUGCAGUUCCACGACUUGCCGCUGAAUGUUGAGCUUCCAUACUUCCUGGAUACAGACAAGACAAGGAUCUGCAGGGUCGUUUUUUCCCUCAAGAAGGCUGCGGCGCAAUCUUCAGUAACCAUGCCGCAUCCGAGGGACUGCAUACCGAGGAAUUACAGCUGCAUAGCAGCACUGUUUGGGAGUGUGUCAACCGCUGAUCAAAGCAAAGAAGAGACGGCCAAAGAAGGCUCCGGGGAAUGCACAGAAAACCAUGUAGUUCAAGAGAGACCAAGAGGCAGAGAGACCGUCUAUAAGCCUAAUGUAAGUCCUACCUUGCGCAAGAGGGCCAAGUCCCUGCCGGCACCAUUAGAACACAACAAACUUGAAAUAAAACGGGCACCGAGCCCCGCUAGACAGAAGAAGGUCAGGUUUGCUGAUUCUUUAGGCUUGGAGCUCAUUUCAGUGAAGCAUUUCUGCAAUGCCGAUGUACCAGAGGUACCAAUUCAUGUCAUGGCCAGGCUGGAGCUGCAAAAACCACCCAACCACCUUUGGAACGUGGAUGUGCUCAGAACACCUACGCAGUCCAACUUUUUGGAAACCCAGUUUGUUAACCCUUUGCAAGCCCCCAGAUUCUUAGAAAGAGUACAGCAAAUGAAAGUGUCUUUGGAAACAGUGGGCACAGAUGACUUCAGCAUCAACGGGGUAAUCAGAGUCCUAAAUAUCUCUUUUGAGAAAAAAGUCUUCGUGAGGUAUACUGUGGACAAUUGGUUGUCUUUUAUGGACGUGCCAGCUUCUUAUAUAAAUAAUUCCAGCAACGGGAUAACUGAUCGAUUCUCUUUCAAGUUAAUUAUACCUACUUUUCUGGAAUCGGGAGGUACAUUGCAGUUUGCCAUUAAGUACUGUGUAGGCGUAGAAGAGUAUUGGGACAAUAAUAAGGGAAAUAACUACGAGAUAAAAAGCCACAGGAUGAACGUCUCGCCACCAAAAGAAUGGGAAAACGCUUGGAUUCACUUCGUGUAAUCCUAACACUUUGUUCAACGUUUGUAUUGUCCUUUUAUGCAUUACCAAGUAAGUGAAUGUUUGAGUUACCGAUAUUUGUAGAAUGUAUAAAUGCAUACUAGACGUACUGGUUCCUAAAACAAAUUGUGCUUUGAAAAAAAGGGGAAAUAAAAAGAUAUACAUUUAUAUUUUUCCCAGCAACAAGUUAAUUGUGAGAUGUGUUUUUCCAUACCAUGCUGCAUCCUAAGGGCCUGGCCCUGUUUAAUAGCAGGCUGUAUUUCUGGGUGUUUUAUCUGACUUGUGGUUAAAGCCCAACAAAAUUAUUUAAGUUUAUUUGUGUUGCCUAAAACAAUUACAUAAACGGUUUGUGUGUAUAAUUAUUAUUAUUAUUAUUAUUUUUACCACAAUGAUUGUGUUUUUAACAAUUCUGCUGUACCCCGUUUGUCAAUAUGGGUCCAUGUAAUUAUUCAAAUGGAUAUUGAAAUUAAUUAUGAACCAUAACAUGAUAUUUUUAUAUGAGUGUUGGAACCUGGAGUGCGUACAAUAUGCACUGUAUGUUUUAUAAAUGUAAAUUAAUUAAAUAUAGCCUAUACUUUUGUGAUUGGGGAGCUACUGUAUUUUGCCACCAAUACAAUACCGUUUUUCUUAUAUAAUACCAGUUGAGUUUAUAUCCCAGACAUGCAAAGGGUUUUGUUAAUAAGAAGUAGGACUAAACUUCUGAAGUGUUGCUUGGUAGCAGGACCGAACAUGUAGUUUUGAGUAAUGCCAAAUCUUUGAUUUAUAAUGCUGUAAUUAUGUUAGUAUUCACGGAAAAACAACACGUGUUAAAAUAUACAACACAGUAACAUAUUUUUUUAACAGAUACUUUAUUUUUCGGUGGAUAUUUACUUUUCAUUGUAUUGACUGUAAAUGUUUUAUGUUUUGAUAGUACCUGAAAAUGCAUGUUCUCUUGAUUACUUUUCUGUAUCUCUUAACAGUUAACAAUUUUGUUUUUUAUUUCAAAGGUAUAUUUUUGGGAGGGGGACUAUCAUUUCAGAAUGAAUGUGCCAAGUAUAUGAAAAAGGGUUUAUUGACAAGUGCAAUAUUAAAAGAUUGUGGUAUUAUUUAGUUUACUGUAAGGAUGCAAGCAAAUGCUUUUCUUACCUUCUUGUUCCCUCAUGUCUUUACCAGGGUAUGGUAUCUGAUUUGUAAAUAUCAAUUUUUACUAGGGAAGCAACGGUUAAAAUGAAACUAGGCAAUGCAAAAUGUUCGUAAGAAUUCCAAACCGGAAGUUACCGACAAAAGACCAUAUACAGUACCUGCUACAGCCAUGGGUAUUUCCAUAUCUGUUUCAUUUCUUGUUGGGUGGCCGGGGGGGGGGGGGGGUUUAACCUGCUCAAAACCAGUGCAAUAGGAUAUACACAUUGUAUAUAAUUUAAACAACAUCUAAUAAUGGAGUAUAGCAUUGACAAGGCUUUCAUUCUGCAGUAUUUGUACCAUUCAAAAGAAGUGUACAGGCAUUGUACAGCACUGGUGCAGACAAAUAUUAAAAUCUGACCCGACCUAAUGACUCAGUUUAAGAAUUACAACGUGAUCUAGCAAAUUUUUUUUUUUUUUUUUUGGCUAAAUAUAAAAAAGUUGAAAAGUUCUACAUGCAUUAUUUUUUUAAGAAGCGCUUUAUGAUAAACGUAUUUGUUACCGAAAUCUGAACAUUUGUAAAUUUAAACAUUUAGUGAUGGUUACAAAGUUAAUAUUCAGAACGUAUGUCUGGUAACAACUAGGCAAAGAUUAAUGCUAAUUGGGAUCUGAUAGCAAGAGAGAAAACACAACCCUCUUCAUAUUUUUGUUUUAUAAAAAAAAAAAAAAAAAAAAGUUCUCCACAGCUAUGUGCUUUUAAAUGUGGUUAAAUAUUUGGUUUAUUAUUUUAUAUGUCGAGUUUGGGAUUAUUUAUUUUGUUUGUGAAUCCUGCUGUUCUUGUAUUCUGCCUAAUAUGUUUAGGGACAUUUUGUGAAUCAUUUUCACCGCAAUUUAUAUCUGUCAAUGAUAUGUCUGCUGUAGUGUGGUGGAAUGACCCUUCUAUGGCCUUAUCUAUAGCAGAAUUGUAGCCGCACAUAACACAUGUAAUCACAAAAUUUGUGUAUCAGCAGAUCUUACUUAAAUCAAUACUCUUCUGUAAUUUCCUUUACAUUUUUCUAUUUCCUCUUUUGCCUUCCGCUGCAUCGUAUGUUCAAGGUUUUAUCCAUGCAUGUGCUUGCAAAAAGUAUUAUACUGUGAAUUUUAAAGAAGUUGGAGAGCAAAAUGAAAUUUAAUGUAUGAAGUCUUCCAUGCAAGAUUAUGACUUGCAAGUUCAUGUGAGGUUUCUGAACAUGAAACUUGUUCCACGGUGGAACACCAGACAACAAAAGACAACAUGUUUGUUGGUUAAAGGAAGUCAGUCAUUGGCAAAUGGUAUUUCUCUGUACUUAACUGUUAACAUGCAACUGUGAAACUUCUGUCCUCCUAAAGUAUUUUUUAUUGAGAUGUGGCACUAGGGUGUGGUCUUUUCAAAUGCAAAUGAGUUUACCUCAAAAAGAAAAAGAAGAGGUAAGAAGACAUGGUAUAGUGCAAGUACGUAACUUGGGUGUGGGGAAUGUGGGGAAAAAAAAAUAGAAUUUUUUAAUUUAUUUUUUUGUACAUCACAGCUUCCCUGCACUACAUAAUUCCUAAGGAAGGGCUAACAACCAAAAUAUGAUUUUUAAAAUUAGUUUUGCAUAUACACUUAUACAGUUAAUUAAGAUGAAUAUUUUUCUUCGUAUUGUUAUUUUUCUGUAUAGUGUUUUAAAUGUCCUCUUAAUAGAAAGUAUAUUUUUGUGUGUUUAUUGUUGCAUAUGAUUGUAAAGCUGUAUUUUUUUUUUUAACUAUGCAAAACUAAAGAAAAACUUUCUUGUAGUAAUGCAAAAAUAAUUGUUGGGUCUCUGUGAAGAGUAUAUGUUUGUUGUUUUUGUGUAUGUAAGCUCAUUGUCAACUGUGUGAAUGUAAAGCAACAUGUGUUCUUUAUGCAUGCACAGUAACCUAUAAUAUGUGGAAAAUCAUUGUAUUUUUAUGGUGAAUUUAUAAUGUAUACUUCAUAUUAAUAACAUAUAUUAAAAGGCUUUGUGAUGAGAGCAAUUAAGAAUUGUAUUGAGAUUCAUUACUUAUUUUAAGAGAAUAUAUUUUUCUUGUAUUCAUUGACAAAUUAGUUUUGGAGAUGUUGCAUACUGAGUAGAUGUACUGUAGCGAUUAACCCUGGGGAACAAUCAAGC